AUGAAACUCUCAAACCGUGUUCUUUCAUCCCUUCUCCUGAUCUUUUUUAUCUUUCUUGCUGCCACUACAGAGAUGGGUUUGGCGGAUAAAAUAUGCAAGACACGGAGCUACCGUUUCUCAGGUGUGUGUUUGAAGAAAAACAAUUGUGCAAUCAUCUGUAGACAAUUCGAGAAAUUUGAAAGCGGUCACUGCGAAUUCGUCGGAGCCUUCCUUCGUUGUUUAUGCACCAAAGCCUCUUAA